GACGCACUCAGCUCGCUUAGCUCGGCCACCCGGGCCCCAGCAUGGCCGAGCCGCUACUGUGGAAAACGUUCUCUCGUCUGCGGGGCCGGGAGAAACUUCCCCGGAAAAAGUCAGAUGCCAAGGAACGCGGCCGACCAGCCCAGCGCCCAGAGCCCACUCCACCCGUACCAGAGUUCCAGACCUUCAAAGGGUCCCAGGCUGGAGUAGAGGGGCUACCCAGCCCCGAGGAGCCCCGGAGCCCUGCAUGGGGAGCAUACUUGCAAAGUCUGGAGCCCAGCAGCCGAAGAUGGGUGCUAGGAGGGGCCAAACCACCUGAGGAGGCUCCUCUGGGGCCAGGGCUACCUAGCAGUGGGGAACCUGCUGGCGAGAUCUGGUACAAUCCCAUCCCUGAGGAAGACCCCAGACCUCCAGCACCUGAGCCAGCCUCCACUGAGCCAGAGAGCCCAACCCACCAAGGCGCAGCUCCUGCCAGCCCCCCAACCAAAACCUCCCGCACCAAGUCGCCAGGCCCUGCCAGGCGCCUCUCCAUGAAGAUGAAGAAGCUGCCCGAUCUUCGGCGCCGCCUGAGCCUGCGAGGCCCUAGGGCUGGCCGAGAGCGUGAGAGGGCUGCCCCAGCAGGCUCUGUCAUCAGCCGCUAUCAUCUGGACAGCAGUGUGGGGGCCUCUGGGCGGACAGCAACAACUGGGGGCACUCGGAGCCCCAGGGCUGGGUACCUCAGUGAUGGUGACUCCCCUGAGCGCCCAGUGGGGCCUCCAUCAUCCACUGCCUUCCAGCCCUAUGAAGCAGGCCCAGCAGCCCGGGUGCCCCCAGCUGCACUCUGGGGCCGCCUCAGCCUGCACCUUUACGGGCUCAGGGGGCUGCGGCCAACACCAGGGGCCACCCCAAGAGACCUCUGCUGCCUGCUACAAGUGGAUGGCGUGGCUCGAGCCCGCACAGGGCCCCUUCGCGGAGGGCCAGACUUCCUGCAGCUGGACCACACCUUCCACCUGGAGCUGGAGGCUGCCCGGUUGCUACGAGCCCUGGUGCUUGCUUGGGACCCUGGCGUGAGGCGGCACCGGCCCUGUGCUCAGGGCACUGUGCUGCUGCCCACAGUCUUCCGAGGCUGCCAGGCCCAGCAGCUGGCUGUCCGCUUGGAGCCCCAGGGGCUGCUCUAUGCCAAGCUUACCCUGUCAGACCAGCAGGAAGCACCCACCACAGCUGAGCCCCGUGUCUUUGGGCUGCCCCUGCCGCUGCUGGUGGAGCGGGAGCAGCCCCCCGGCCAGGUGCCUCUCAUCAUCCAGAAGUGUGUUGCACAGAUCGAGCGUCGAGGGCUGCGGGUAGUGGGCUUGUACCGUCUAUGUGGCUCAGCAGCAGUGAAGAAAGAGCUGCGGGAUGCCUUUGAGCGGGACAGUGCGGCUGUCUGCCUCUCAGAGGACUUGUACCCUGACAUCAAUGUCAUCACAGGCAUCCUCAAGGAUUAUCUUCGAGAGUUGCCCACCCCACUCAUCACCCAGCCCCUUUAUCAGGUGGUCCUGGAGGCCAUGGCCCAAGGGCACCCAAGGAGAAGUCCCCCAAGUCCUGAGGGCACCAGAGGGCUUCUCAACUGCCUACCAGAUGUGGAAAGGGCCACACUGACUCUUCUCUUGAACCACCUGCGCCUCGUCUCUUCCUUCCACGCCCACAACCGCAUGACCCCACAGAACCUGGCAGUAUGUUUUGGGCCUGUGCUGCUGCCGGCGCGCCAGGCACCUGCCCGGCCCCGCAUUCGCGGCUGCGGCCCAGGCGUCACCAGUGCGGUGGACUUCAAGCGCCACAUCGAAGUGUUACAUUACCUGCUGCAAUCUUGGCCAGAUCCUCACCCAUCCGCAGAGGCUCCCGACGUCGCACCAUACUUGAGGCCCAAACGACAGCCAUCCCUGCACCUGCCACUUGCAGGCCCGGAGGUGGUGACUCGACCUCGCGGUCGCGGAGGCCCAGAGAGCCCCCCAAGCAACCGUUAUGCUGGGGACUGGAGCGUUUGUGGGCGGGACUUCUUGCCCUGUGGGCGGGACUUCCUCUCUGGGCCUGACUACGACCACGUGACGGGCAGUGACAGCGAGGACGAGGACGAAGCUGAAGAGCAAAGAGAUGCUGCAGACUUCGAAGAUGAGUUUGAUGCGCCCUUCAAUCCACACCUGAAUCUCAAAGAUUUUGAUGCCCUCAUCCUGGACCUGGAGAGAGAGCUCUCCAAGCAAAUAAAUGUAUGCCUCUGAACCCAUGGAGCAGGGCGGGACCCUGGUUACUAAGGCAGGGCCUUUAGUGACCUAAGGACCAGAUGUGUUGCUUAGGCGGAGCUCCUGGUUGCUAGGGGAGUUGCCAAGUGACCAGCCUCCCAGUCGAAAAGUCAUUCCCAGUUUCGAAAGUGCCUUUAUUCAGGCCCUAGUUGUAAAGGCCAGGCACAGGACUUCAGACACUAGAGGUUGUGGCCAUCUUUCCCAAGCACCGGGUCUUCUUCGCCUCUUGUUUGCAAAAGGCAGUUCUGCUUGCUAGGCUGGCCUCUCUUGCCACACCUGUUACUGUGACUGUCACCCUGGGGUGCUGAGCUGCCCCUAGUCAGUCCUCUUGCUGCCAACCAAAUCAGUAUUAGCUUUGAGCACUGCACUGUUUCUCCCUCCUUUGGAGGACCCAAGGACUAUCAUGAAGUGUUGUGUGAGGGCGGGCAGCCCCUGUCCUGCACUCCAGCUGGAUAGGGGCAGCCUGGAUCUUCUAGAAAAACAGCUGGUUUCCCCACCCUCCUUUCCAGGGAAGACCCCAUGAUAGGCCUCCACCUAGCCAAUGGAGAGAGGGGGCAGUCUGGGCCACUGCCCUCCUCUCCUUCCCCUCCCUACCCCUGAAAAAAUUGAGCACUUAGCCCCUUCCUUGCAGAGGGGCCCCCCACCUGGUGUGUCAGGCUGGGGCACUUUGGUACGAAACCUAUUUAUUGCCUCCGUGCAUGUGUGUGUCUGCGUCUGAGAACUGGUGUGUAUGGACCUGUCUAAAGAGCGGAUUGUGGGACUCUUCCAGGGACCACAGAAGUGGGGAGAUUUCAACCAGCUAUGUACCCCAAAAUCCCAAGUAAUCCAGUGGGAAAAUAAGGUCCCCUCCCUGUCUCCCUCCUUUUUCCCUCACCUCCAUCUUUGUGGACAAUAAAUCAAUAUGC